AUGCAGAUAACAGUAGCUACUUUAUCAGACCAGCUAUUUACUAUCCAAGUAAGCGAGGAUCUGGAGCUGGAGAACAUGAAAGUUUUGUGCGAGAUGGAGACACGCAUCCCGGCUCAAGAGAUGGCUGUUGUCUGGAACGGGCGUCCUCUUCUUAUUGAUAAAAUGACACUAAAGCAAUACGGAAUCAGGGACGGCGAAGUUGUUCUGGUUCAACAUUUACAAGCGCAGAACAGUUCAAGUGGAGAAUAUACCUCUGUUUUUAUUACAUGUCAAUCUAAGAACAUUGAAAUUUCAGGUCUUGGACAAACCCUGCAGCAAGAUGAUGCUGUUUUUAUCCGAGAUAUGUUUAUGAGGGACCCACACCAGCUGGCGAUGUUGCAACAGAUGAACCCUUCCCUAGCAGAUGCCAUGUUGAGUGGAGAUCUGGACAAGUUCCGCCGAGUUUUACAGGAGCAGAGGCAAAUAAGGCUGCAACAGGAUCAAGAUAAGAUGGCACUUAUGCAUGCUGAUCCCUUUGACCCUAACGCACAGCAUCUUAUAGAAGAAGCAAUUAGAUUGAGAAAUGUUGACAGCAACAUGGCAACAGCGAUUGAGUUUGCUCCGGAGAGUUUUGGGCAGGUACACAUGCUCUACAUCGAUUGUAAGGUCAAUGGGUAUCCAGUCAAAGCCUUUGUCGACUCAGGAGCCCAGAUGACAAUAAUGAGCCAGUCGUGCGCAGAGAGAUGUCACAUCAUGCGGCUAGUGGACAGACGCUGGACUGGUUUGGCCCAGGGCGUCGGGACACAGACAAUUAUUGGCCGUGUCCAUUUAUGUCAGAUCCAGAUUGGCACUGCAUUCCUGCAGUCCUCUUUCUGUAUCCUGGAGAGCCAGCCCAUGGACAUGCUGCUGGGUUUGGACAUGCUGAAGAGGCAUCAGUGUGUCAUCGACUUGAAGAAGAACCUACUGCAGAUUGGCACCAGUGGAACUGUCACCCCGUUCUUGGCAGAAACUGACCUGCCAGAUACUGCACGUCUUGACCAGUCGGCCAGGGAGGAGCAGGAGCUAGCAGACGUGCUCUCUCGUUCUGCUCAGGCGACCAAAUCUAAAAACACUGGCAAACCAUCAACAUCACGUGUGGCAUCCACUCCAUCGUCCCAAGGUCAGUACUCGGAAGAAGUUGUAGCCCGGCUCAUGUCUAAUGGGUUCAGCCGUCACGUUGUGGUGGAAGAGUUGCGGCGUUGCAAGGGCAACGCAGACCAGGCCUUGGCUUCCUUGUUGUCCAAGUCGUUUGGUUUGCCUUAA